CGGACAUCCUUCCGAGCUUGAUCAACCGAACGUUUCAAAAAAAAAAAACGUAGCCCCCACCCCAUCAGUAGUAGCUGAGACUCAACCAAUCAAAAUCGCUCUUACCUUCUCUGCCUUGAUUCCUCAGAGAUGCUAUUAUAGGUCUCCUCUUGUAGUGGAAACCCCAUAGAGAUGCAGAAAUUGGGUGAUUUCAAGCUACCUCACUUCUUCAAUUACCCACCGUACUUCACUUUGCAGCCAGUAAGGGACACCCGUGAGAAGCAGGUACAAGUUUGGAAGGAACUCAUUCUUGAUUACUGUAGAACACAGAAAAUAUUUGUGAUUGGACUGGAAGAAGAUUUUCCACUAUUUUCAAAUCCUGUGAUUGAAAGAUCUCUUAGUCAUGAAGCCAGGGAAGCAUUCAUCUCAGCAUUAGUUUCAGAAGCAGGACGUGCAGAAUGGUUGGGUAAAGGACAUAGGAAAUGUCUAAUUCUCUGGCACCGCAUUCAGGAUUGGGCAGACAUUAUUUUACGCUUUGUUAAAGAUAAUGGGUUAGAGGACAGUGUCAUAACAGUUGAGGAAAUGCGUUCGGGGGUUGAAUGUCGAGGAACAGAACUUCAUGGGAUUGACCGUGCAAUACUAAUGCGAGCUUUGAGACUACUAGAACAAAAGGGGAAGCUUGCUAUAUUCAAGGGAACUUCGGCUGAUGAUGAAGGCGUAAAAUUCUCCAUGUAAUCCUUUCACUUGGUAGUUGGUUCCUUCCGUACGUUAUCAAGCAGUGCCGCCUGUUACUGCUGGUCUGUUAAGAGUUUGCAAGUGUUACUGUUGAUCAGGUUGAGGUUCUUUGUUCUUUUUUGGGCUCUUGUGAAUUGGUGAAGACUAGCUCGUGACGUUUGGUUGUGUUGAAUUCAAGCUUGUUAAAAAAAUAUGUAUUUGUAUGUC